CUUCAUUUUAAACCAGUGGUGACAUCAGAAAGCCAGCGUUUGUGUGGUUUUCGGCAUGUUGGCGAAUAAAAGCGCUGUAGCAGAAGUUAUUCAAGCAACCACAAGAGCCAAUGAGAAACGGGAACAUAGACGUGCCUCAUUGGGCCCACUGCAUGAACGAAUUACAAGCAUUGCAGCCGCCCGGUUCCAUAUUCCGCUUACUCAGGCAGUGGAAAGCCUGCUUGAUCCAGGUUGUUUGGAAGUGGUGAAUACGUUUAUUCAAUGCGGCCAAGCUGCUACCUGUUUGGCAAUCUACCCAGCACACUCGAAACAAAAAUCAGUUGAGUAUUGA